CGAACUGUCACUUGCUUCCGCCAUGGUCGAGUUCGAGGUCGGGUCAAGCACUAGGCUUUCCACGCCGCCACCCAGAGCAGGGCCAUCGAACCUUGAGCUGACCCCCGAACAAAUCAAGAGGAUUGAGAUCAACCGGCUGAGAGCCAAGGCAAAACAAAGGGAGCGUGAACAAAGUAUAACUGCGUCGUCGACUAAUGCAAAUAACAAGCGGCCGUUGGAGGUCAUCCCUGCUAGCUCUGGCUCACCGACCGCGCCAAAGGCAGAGGCAAAGCUCAGACGUGACUCACGUCUGGGAAAGUACUUCGAGUAUGACCUAUCAAAGAUGGUGAACUCGAAGGGUGGUUUCCUCGUCGAGGACGAUAAAGAAGUCGAUGAGCAACUACUAGCAAAGGAGAAAGAGCGUGAGCGGCAGAGGGCACAGCAAGCGUCAGAGCCUCCUGUCUUCUUGAAUAAGAACCUCAACCCUAAAUGCAAAGAAUGCGGUUCUAUGGAUGUAGACCAGCAGUUCAAGAAAAUCUUCGGCUGUUUGGUGUGUAACACAUGCAAGAACGAGAAGCCGGAGAAGUACAGUCUGCUUACGAAGACGGAAUGCAAGGAGGACUAUCUUCUCACAGAUCCUGAAUUGCGCGACCAAGAACUUAUGCCACAUAUGCUCAAAGCCAAUCCCCACAAGUCGACAUUCGCAAACAUGAUGCUCUUCCUUCGGUAUCAAGUAGAGGACUUCGCCUGGAAGAAAUGGGGCUCUCCAGAGGCACUGGAUGCUGAGUAUGAACGAAGGGUCACCGAGAAGAGGAAAAAGCGGAACAAGAAGUUCGAGGAAGGCCUCAGAGAGCUGCGGCGUCGAACCAGAGAGACUGUCUGGCAAAGGCGGAAGGAUGCUGAGCAUAAGCAUGUAUUUGGCCAGGUCGAGCGAGAUGCAGACGGUAACAGCAAACAGAUCUGUCAUGAGUGCGGCUUCACGAUAGACAUCGAAGAGCUUUAGAGACUCAUUGAUAUAUUUGUUUUCAUCAUUGUAUACCACUAAUUCUGCACAUAUGUAUCAACUGUCCCGCACUACUUACUUGGUCCCGCGGAAAAUGACUUUCCGAUAGUGAAUCACAUUUCGACCGCCCAGGACGGCGCACCGGC